GCUGCAGAGGGCCCAGGAGGAGCAGCUCAGCGUUCAGGUGGAGAAGGUGAAAGUGGAGGAGAAGCUGCGGAGCGAGAUCGACUCGGCCAAACAGGAAGCUCAGCGGCUGCGAGAGCUGCGAGAGGGAACGGAGAACGAGAGGAGCCGGCAGAACUACGCCGAGGAGGAGCUGGAACAGGUACGCAUGGCGCUGAAGAAGGCGGAGCGGGAGCUGGAGUCGCGGGCUCGCUGGGCGCCGCCAGAGUCUCUGCAGAAGUGGCUGCAGCUAACGCACGAGGUCGAAGUUCAAUACUACAACAUCAAGAAACAGAGCGCAGAGAGACAGCUGCUGCAGGCCAGAGAGGGGGCGGAGAAGAUCAAGAAGAAGCGGAGCUCUCUGUUCGGGACGUUUCACGUUGCUCACAGCUCCUCGCUGGACGACGUUGACCACAAGAUCCUCUCUGCUAAACAGGCGCUGGCUGAGGUGACUGCAGCUCUGCGGGAGAAGCUGCACCGCUGGCAGCAGAUGGAGACCCUGACCGGGUUCUGUCUGGUCAAUAACCCGGGUAUGGGGGCGCUGGCCACCGCCCUGAACCUGGACCCGGCCUUCCUCGGCCUGAGAGCCCCGACCCCCCAACACCUCAUAAUGUCAGACGACCUGGACGACAUGGACGAGGACAUCCUGUCCCCUGGGACACUGCAGUACGCAGCGUGGCAGAUGGACCGGCGAGUGAGCGACCUCUGGCCCCUGAGUGGCAUCGCAGACACUCAGUCACCGUGGAAACACUCUGCUCAGAGUCUGACGCCCCUGCGGCCGCGCACAGGAGACCCCGCGCUGACCUUCAGCUCCCACAGGUCUGUGAUUGGUCACAGCUUAUUUUGGGCUUUUUGCUGAUUUAUUGGUGCGUUCUUUUUGUCCACCGAAGUCGAUCUAAGAGUCGUUUUCCUGAGUUACGAACCGGAACUUGCAGAAAGAGCGCCCCCCUGAGGUCGUAUAUAUAUACGACUCGUUAAGUCGUCUGAACUCAGAGGACCCCGAGCUCACUUUCAAAGAUGGCUACGUCAUCACAC